AUGAUUAGUGAUAAAAAUGAACUAUCGAAUAUAAGAAAAGAUGACAAUAUUACUGAAUUAAAUUUAAAAAAUGAAACAGUAACAAAUCCUGUCGAAAUAGCUAUUACCUUUAACGAUUACUACAUUAACAAAGCUGACACUAUUUCAAUUAACACUGCAAAAAUUAAGCAUAAGGGCACAACACCAAUUAACUCAAUGUAUUUACAACCUGUCACAGAGAAAGAAGUAAAAAAGGAAAUUAUGAGUCUAAAUAACACUAAAGCGGAAGGAUAA